AUGCCACCGCCAGAACUACAACUAAUACUACUACUACUACUACUACCACCUUUAAUGCUACUCCUAUUCUACUACUACUACGACUACUACUACUACUACUACUACUACUACUACUACUACUACUACUACUACUACUUCUACUACUACUACUACGACUUCUACUACUACUGCCACUACUACUACUACUUCUACUACUACCACUACUACUACUACUAUUAA